AUGGAGGAUGAGGAAGGCUAUACCACUUUAAAUUUGCAAACUUCAACUUCAGUUACUGCUCAUMGAUAUUCAAGUAACAACAAAAGUUCUGCAUUUAAUGCUGCAGGCAGUUUUGUUACAGUAGACAGAGUAUCUUCCUCAGUUUCCAUCUGGCGACCAGUGGCUUUCAUUUUCUUCACUUUGUCUCUGGUGCUGCUAAUUGGGCUGGUAAUUCUGCUGGCCCUSUUUUUUCAGGUUCCCAAAGAUUCUGAGGAAGGAAAGAAGCUACAARAAAUGAGGGAAAUGUUGUGUUCUGAAAGGAAGGAAAACAAUAUGACUAAUGAAACCAAAUGCGCUCUCUGUCCAGCAAGCUGGCAAAACAGUGGAGCUGACAGUUGUUUCUACAUUUCAAAACAGAAGAAAACAUGGAAGCAAAGCCAGGAGUUCUGUUCCUUAAGAAAUUCCACACUGGUGGUGCUAAAAGACAGAACAAAGAUGGUCUCUCUGCCACGGGAUCUGCAGUUUUACUGGGUUGGAUUAUCAUAUGCCUCUGAAAGGAAAGGCUGGUACUGGGAGGAUGGGACAGUCCUUGUGAGAGAAGUCACAACUUGGAUUGUGUUAUAUGAACACAUCUUCUGUGCUUCCUUAUAUGGACAGAUAAUUUACACCAGUAAUCCCUGUUCAACAGAGCAAUUCUGGAUCUGUGAGAAAGGGGCUAUUCAUUUCACCUGA